UGCCAAGACGAAGCCAUCUCAUAUCGGUUCGAGAUCGCAAACGGUUCGGAAGCGAAAACCUUUUCCUCUCCGUCGUCGUUGUCGUCGGUGCGAACAUCGUGUCCGCGCGGGCACCCCUAAAUCCGUCAGUAGUCGCAGUCUCCCGUGUGUUUUGUGACCGGACCUGGAUGUGAGCAAAAGUUCAUCGCUAGCAAGUGUGAAAGGAAAAUCAAUCUUUUGGAAAUGUCGAAAAGAGUGUGGUUUCUGUGGCUUGUGUAAAUUACUGUUACUUUCCGAAAGUCUAUAGAUUGUGGCACCAAGGAUAAAGCAGUUGCAUCUAGUGAGAGAGAAACAGACCCAGAAGAAAGUGGAUGUAUUGAUGAACCUUUCGAAAAGGAUUUCGCUUUUAAAUGAACCAGGAUGCUGACAUCGAUCGCACUGAUACUGGCCGUAUGCGUACUGGGGCUAGCAGCACAAACGGUACCCUCGCUUCAACCCAUCCCGACUGAACCGGUCACGCAGGCCCGCACGGUUCCGAUGCUUUUGCCAACAGUUCCACCAGAUCAGCAGCCAUUCACAAUCGUGCAUCCGCUGCAAACAAUUCCCACGCAGGGGCCGAACCGAUCCUCCCAUAGUCCCAGAAGAGGCGUCCAAUACGAACAUUCGAUAUCGCUUGGGCCCAACAGUAAUUAUUAUGUGUACUACUCGGAUAUGGUCUCCAGUGGACAACAGCAGCAGCAGGAGCAUCCGAAAGCAGCCGCACAGCAGUCGGAACUGUCACUCGCAUACCAGCCUAUCGUUGGAUACUCCAACGAUCAGACCAGUCAGAUAGUAUUCAGUCCGAACACUGUUCCGGUGCAGCUUGUGACCUUGGUACAACCGACGCUGGAUGCGGCUGUCCAGCAGGAGAACACAAAUCGUGUUACUCCGGAAAGUGCUGCAACCAUCGAGAAGCAACCCCAAGUUGAUUUAGACGAAGAAGGCAUUCAUAAGCUGGUAUCCUCCACUCAAAACUUGGUUAGCAGUGAAGAUGUAAUGAAUAUCAACAAUGCCGAAGAGGAACAAAAAGAAAUUCUACCCACCUCUUCCAAGGAGAACACGACGGAAACCGUACUUGACAACGAAACAAGCGAAAGCCGUAAAAACGAGCAGAAGUUGGAUGAUAAUAUAGCGGUUCCUUCUUUUGAUAAUCCAAUAAUUGUAGGCGAAAUGUCCGAAGCGACAAGUCGCAGCCAUCGUUCCGGCGAGCGAUCGGACAAUGUUUACAAGCAAAUUAAUGUAGAAAUCAUCGGUGAAUCGGAGGACCACAACAGGGGACAGUUUUUGAAGGAAACCAUUUUUCCCGCAAGUCGAGCAACUGAGGAACCAUGCGAUGACAAUGUUAAGUCGACUCCAGUAGUGAUCCGACAUGAGGUUACAACAAUUAGACCGAUUAGUUUGUCCACCAAAGGACGUGGUACGACCGCUACUCGACUGAGUACUCGUUUCCGUACCACGGCUGCCCAGCAUUCGUCAUCAACGGCACGCUAUACUGCUAAGGAAACUGUAACUCCCGCGUCCGUUAGCUACAAAUACCUCACUCCAACUCCAGCUGGCCUGCGACUGACCAGUUUGGAACAAAAAAACAAUGACGACUGCGAUUAUGCGAUCUUACAACCCCCCAAGCUAGAUUCGGACAAAAAGACCCUUGUUGAGGUUCAAAAAAGUGUCAACAUUAAAAACAUUCUAAUUGAGCAGGAAAAUCCCCAACCUUCAUUAAACAGAGAGUUUGGUGCCCGCACCAAAGUGAUCUCACAACCGAUCUUCAUUGAAAAGCCGGUCGACAGAGUGGUGACACAAAAGGUACUUAUUGAGAAACCUGUUGAGCGAAUUGUACAGCAGCCUAUUUUCAUCGAAAAAGCAGUCCCACAACCCGUCGAUCGAAUCGUAGAAAAGCACGUCCCCGUACCUUAUCCGGUGGAAAAGAUUGUCGAAAAACCCGUUCAAACCGUUGUUCAAGUACCGUACGCCGUUGAAAAACAAGUUCCAGUUCAUCACUACAUUGAUCGGCCCGUUACGCAACAUGUUACCGUUCCGGUUCCGGUGGAUAGGAUUAUAGAAAAACCAGUGCCAGUGGAAAAGAUUGUCACCCAGGAGGUUAAGGUUCCCUAUCCCGUAACUCAAUUUGUCGAAAAAAUCGUCGACCGUCCGGUUCCAGUUGAGAAAAUUGUCACAAAAGAAGUACAGGUACCAUACCCUGUUACACAGAUCGUCGACCGUCCUUACCCGGUUGAGGUUCCCGUUGAAAAGGUUGUCGAGAAGAUCGUGGAUCGCCCGGUAGAGACAGUAGUUGAAAAACAAGUUGAGGUACCCGUUCCGGUUACGGUUGAAAAGGUAGUGGAAAAAUUCAUCGAUCGUCCAGUUCCCUAUCCGGUGCAAGUCCCUGUUGAGAUUCCCGUCCAAGUUCCAGUGCACUAUCCAGUCGAAGUCCCUGUCGGUGUCCCCAUCCCAUAUCCAGUAGAAAAAUACAUCCCUGUAACCAUCCACGAACCCAAACCCACACACGCUAUUAUUAAAACCACAACUCACGAGAAGCUGUUCGAUUUACACAAAUUUUUUGGAGGAAAAAAGAAACACUUCACCGAACAUGUGUUCAUAAAGGGUCCCCCACAUCCGAAGCCACUCUACUACCACAGCCAAUAUCCGAAGAAUGACCUCCACUUUGGGGCUUCGAUUCAAGCUCCAUCCUAUGUGGACUUUUCUCAGUACAAUGUUCUCCCUCACCACUACCCGGAGAAACCGAAACCACUGUACGGUAUUUCCUACCACGGUGAUCCCUACAAUGGUAAUUCUUACCACCAACACUACAAUAGCUACCAUCAACCGUUAAUCGAUCACUCGCAUCAAUUUGUAGGCAAGCUAUCCUACCCGGUUCCGUACGCUCAUCAUCAACCACAGCAAGUACUGCAACCGGUAGCGCAAGCUCUGGGACCGCAGAUCUACAGGGACGAUUACGUCGGUCCUACACCCCUGCUGGAAGACCAUUGGGCGGUCAAAAGCGACGUCAAAUUCCGCAGGAAUGCCGCGUACGGGAAGAGCCUGCGAAUCGAGUACGGAGGUUUUAAGCCGCCGCUAGUGCCAUCCGUCGAGAUCGACGAGAACGGAGUACCGCUGAAUAAGGAGCAGAACGCGAAUUAGGGGCGGACCACCAACCGGGGAGACUGAUGUUGUUGUUUUUUUUUUUUCUGUUGAUCAUUGUUUCGGUACCGUUGGUUAGUUAGAAGGAAGGCACUUUAACAGUGAAUAGAGGAUGCAAUAAAACAAUGGUUAAUGCUAAGAAGGCUCUUAGAUUUACUCUCAUUGUACACUGAUUACACAAUCGCCACAAAGUUAAACGAUGAAAUUUCUGUUAAGUUACGUGCUUUUCUAAGUGAUAAGUA